AUGAAGGCCUCUUGGUUGUUGUCUUUCGUUGGGCUGUCGCUUCUCGCACGCAGAGUGAGAUGCACCGACUACCCUCUACUUCCAUACGACCCAGAAACCACCUCUGACUGUGCCGACUGGUUCAACAAUGACGAUGGCCGGUCUUGCAAGUGGGUGCGCGACUACUUCGAGGCUACUCCAGAGGAGUUCAGUCGUUGGAAUCCAUCUGUCGGCCUCAACUGCGAGCCGUGGUACGAAUGGAAUUCGUACUGCGUCAUCACAUGGACCAAGAUCAACAGCACCCUGCCGGCUACGAGCAAAACCACAACUACGAGCAGCUCGACCACCACCGCGCCCAUUCUAGGGCCCUCGCCGACAGCCUGGACUGACAUGGGCUGCUAUGUCGAGGACCCAGAGCUUCCCAUUCUUGACGUCAACUUCAACCCCAACGGAGACUCGUCUCUGAGCGUUCCCAAGUGCUGGCAGACGUGCUAUCGCCGUUUUUACGAUUAUGCCGGCGUUCAAAACGGUAACCAGUGCUGGUGCGGCUCCUAUGUCGGCGGUGAGUGGGCUGCCAACCAAACCAGCUGCAACUCGCCCUGCACAGGCAAUCCCAGUACCUUUUGCGGCGGCCCUGGAUUCAUUCGGAUCUACAAGGCCGAGCAAAACGUGCCUCCUGUCACCACAACUUCAACCGCCGGCACUGUCAGUUCGACGAGCACAUCUACUUCUGGCGCGAAGCGUAACUUAGAUGCUAUCAAAAACAUGGGUAUAUUCUAG